GUUGUUGUCAGAGAAAAAUUUUACAGAUGAGAUCGUGACUAAUAUUAGUUUAAUAAUUUCUCCUGUGAGACUAUGAUAGUAAAUUAUCCUUAAGAAUGUGCUUGCUAAUUUCAUAAGCAGCACUAUUUUAACUCUGUUUUUAGCAAUGCGAGUGAUGGCAUAAUGUGCGUAACUUCUAAGCAAAUGUUUGAACUGGUACAGUAUUCGUGCAAGUUAUUGUUUGACGUGAUAGUAUGAUUAUGUGAUUUCAGUUUUGUUUCAUUAUUUACUAUGACUGGAGUUUGAUAUAACGUUACAAGACCUAAAUUGGUUCCAAAGUUUUUAUAAAAUGUAUAUAAAAGCUGGAUGAGUUUUUCGUGUCAGCACUAUUAAUAUUUAUACAGUACUAACUAAAUUUAUUUCAUCUCGCAACAUUAGGAUUUGGAAUAAGUGGUGUAGGCCUAGCUGUGACGACUGUAGUUAAGCCUAAUUAAUGAACGAGAAAUUUGAGAACAAUCGUCACUCAUGAAACUUGGGUGUUUGCAAAAUCGUAUGUGAGAAGAAAUGGAUGACCAAGAAGUAUUCAACAACGUGACUUGUGAAUCAAAGGGUGGAGAUAUAGAGAAAAAACCUGAAGUAAGGGGAAAGAGUUGGAAACGUGAGCGUGAAGAAAGGGGAAGGCGUCAGCAAAAUCAACAGCAGCAGCAACAAGAUGAUAGCUCAAACUGUGAAACUGAAACGGAAUCAUCAGACAAAUUUGCUCUUGAAGAACCAGUUAUUUUGGCUGAAGAAAAGAGAGGUUGGGGUGAUGGCUGGAAGAAAUUAGAGGACUCAGUCGAACAUAACUCUUCCAGUCAAGACAUUGAAGAAGGUGAUGAGUUGAAAGAACAGCAAAUGUUACAGGAAACUGAAACAGAUGCAGGGGGAGAAGAGGAAAGUAAACAACACCUGGAAGCCUUUAUCAUAGAGACUGUAGAAAGACUGAGAAGAAAGGCUGAACUAAGGACAGCAAACAGUAAUAUUGCAGCAAACCGUCCAGAAGACUCCUUCUUUAGUAAGUUGGACUCUAGUCUCAAAAAGAACACAGCAUUUGUGAAAAGAUUAAAAAACCUUACUGAAGCUCAAAGGGACUCGCUUAUUAAAGACAUGAAUGGACUGAAUCUAACUAAGUACAUCAGUGAAGCUGCAGCUGCCAUUGUAGAAGCAAAACUCAAGAUGUCUGACCUGAACACAGCAGUAAAAAUUUGCUCCCUGCUUCACCAACGUUAUUCCGAAUUUUCCACUCAACUUUUAGAAAAUUGGCAAAAAGUUCUACCCAUGAAAAAGGAUGAGAAAAUAACCAAUCCCAGUAAGAUAAGAGUUGAUCUACGUUUUUAUUCAGAGCUGAUAUCAUGUGGAGUGUUUACAUUAAAAGAGGGACUCCCAUUACUUGGUAAUCUACUGACCAUUUUAACUGCUACGGACAAAGAAGAGCACAACAAUAUUAAUAUUCUUCUGAGUUUUUGUAAGCACUGUGGGGAAGAUUAUGCUGGAUUGGUGCCUCAGAAAAUGAGAAAUCUGGCUCAGAAGCAUGGACUAGAAAUCCCUAAAAGUGAUUUAUUGCCCCCAGAUCGUCAGAAAGGCCUUCGUAAUCUGCUGAAAGACUACUAUAGGUCACUAUGUCGUCACGUUGUGAAAGAUCAAAAAACACUUCAUAAUAUGGAGCAACACAACCGGAGAAUAUUACAGACCAAAGGUGAAUUAAGUACUGAAAGGAAAGAGAAGUUUGAAGCAGCCCAAGUAGCCUUUCAGAAACUCCUGUCCAGUACUCAGCAAUUUUCUGAUAUCAUAGAUGAAGACCUUCCUGAGCUUCCCAGAGAAGAUGUUAGUAGUCAAGACCCAGAUGUAGCAAAUUUAGAUGUACAUAACAGAUUUAAGGAUGGGGAGUUUGAAGGCACCACAUCUCUUUGGGAAGAUGAUGAUACAAGAAGUUUUUAUGAGAACAUACCAGAUCUUAAGGCUUUUAUACCAGGUAUUCUUUUCAAGGAUAGUGCUCAGGCUCCUAUACUGAAAAGUCAGCUAGAACCAAUGGAUGCAGGCCUAGAAGAAGAACUCAGUAAACUGGAACUUGAUGAAGUAGAAGCCUUGGAACUAGAGGAAGAAAAAUUGGAAGAUUCUGAUACAAAGUCUGAAACCAGCAGUAAACAAGAUGAAAAAGAUUUAACAGAGACAAUCUUGCAGGAUGUAGAUGAAUCAGACGAAAAUUCUGGCAUAGUUGCUACCAACAAGAUGAUCCUCGAUGGAUUUUUAUUUUCUCUUCUAAACUGUGUUAACAGAGAAAUGAUUGACCAGGCUGCUGUGGACUUUUGUAUGAAUUUAAACACGAAACCUAACAGAAAAAAGUUAGUCCGGACAUUGUUCUUAGUGCCACGUACGAGGUUGGAUCUUCUCCCAUUUUAUGCCCGAUUUGUUGCAACUCUUAAUCCUUGUAUGCCUGAUGUUUCCAAUGAUCUUGUUACAUUGCUCAAGCAAGAUUUUAAGUUCCAUAUAAAAAAGAAAGACCAAAUCAACAUAGAAUCCAAAGUCAAAACAGUGAGGUUUAUUGGUGAACUGACCAAGUUUAACAUCUAUCCAAAGUCAGAAUCACUGUAUUGUUUGAAAAUGCUACUGUUUGAUUUCACUCAUCAUCACAUCGAGAUGGCUUGUAACCUAUUAGAGACUUGUGGACGCUUUUUAUUCAGAUCACCAGAUUCGCACCAACGCACAAAAGUUUACUUGAGUCAAAUGAUGAGAAAGAAAUCAGUGAUGGCAAUAGACAGUCGAUAUGCAACUAUGGUAGAAAAUGCUUUUUAUUACUGCAAUCCACCAGAAGCUCCCAUAACAGUUAAAGUAGAACGUCUCCCAAUUCAAGAGUAUUUGCGGAAGCUGCUGUAUAAAGACCUCUCCAAGAAUAACACUGAAAAGAUUUUACGCCAAAUGAGGAAGUUAAAUUGGGAUGAUCCUGAUAUCAGUGCCUAUGCUACUAAGUGUUUAAUGUCCAUAUGGAAUGUUAAGUACUACAAUGUUCGAUGUGUCGCUAACUUACUUGCUGGUCUUGUUGCAUAUCAGGAAAAUGUUGGACCUCAGGUAGUUGAUGGUGUGCUUGAAGAUAUUAGAUUAGGAAUGGAGGUAAACCCAGAGUUAUUUUUAAUUCUAUAUUCAUACUCAGAUUCCUAUUCUGAGCUGGACUCACCAGAUAACCUUUUUAGAAUUCGUCUUGUCUGUAUUCUGCUAGAGACCUGUGGACAGUAUUUUAACAGUGGCUCAAGUAAAAAGAAGUUGGAUUGUUUCCUUGUCUUCUUUCAGCGUUAUUACUGGCACAAAAAGUCCUCUGACAUAUUUUCUGAAGAACACCCUUUUCCUGUGACUCUUGAGUUUUUGGUGAAAGAUACAAUUCAAGUAUUACGACCCAAGUUUAAACUAGCUGAUUCUCAGGAAGAGGCUGUACAGGCUGUUGAAGACCUCCUGAAAGAGCUGAAGCCAAAACUUGUCGAAAUUCUUCCAUCUCUGAGAAAUUCUUCCGAAGAGGUUGACCAAACUGAGGAGAGUGGACUAGGACCUAUUGAAGAAGAGGAAGAGGAUCAAGAUGAUGAUUGUCAAAGUUUAGAUGGCAGUGAUCAAGAGCAAGACAUGGAUGGAGAUACUGAUCUAUACAGUGGUAGUCAGAGCCAGCCUAAUGAGGAGGGUGGACCUAUUGAGGUGGAUGUUACGUCAACAAGUGAGGAUGAAGGUGAGGAAAGCAUUAAGGAAAGUGAUGAUGCUUUAGUAACAGAUAUCCCACGUGUUGUUCCUUGUCCUGAAGAUGAUGAUUUUAUGACUGCCUUUGACAGAAUAUUAUCUGAAAGUAUGCUGCAACGUAAUCAAGAGUCCGUAAAACCCCAGACUGACAUUGUCAUUCCAAUGAACAUAAAAGGUGGAAACAAAAAGGUUCAAACAAUUCCUACUGCAUUUCUGGAGCCCAAGAUUGAAGAACAGAAAAACACAAUUAACUUUGUACUUAUGACAAGAAAGGGAAACAAGCAACAGUUCAAGAGUUUAGAAGUUCCUCUCAUGUCAGAUCUGGCUCAGAACUUAAAGGAUCGAGAAAAGGCUGAACGAGCCGAGAAAGAGCAAGUGAAAAAACUUACUUUAGACAUUAAUGAAAGACAAGAAGAAGAAGAUUACCAAGAGAUGUUGGCAGCUCAACAAAGGCCUGCUGUCCUCAAUCUCAACCGAGACAGGCGCCAUAGAUACCAACAUCCAAAAGGAGCUCCUGAUGCUGAUCUGAUAUUUGGGAACAAGUAUGUUGACAUCCAGGUAGCAAGUAAGAUCCACUAGACCAUCCCUGGUACUGAAGAAUUUUAAACAGGCUCUCUGUAAUCUCUUCAGUACUGGGACAUCUCAGUAAAAACGAUGAAAGCCAACACUUGAGUGAUGUAAUGAAGAAAACCUCUGUCGUCCAAGCCAGGAAUAACUGGUCAACCCAUCUGUGCUUUGGGUCAAAUAGUGCACUCCACCCAUAUAAUACCUUUUUUUUCUUUUUUUUUUUUGGUUUCUGAUAAUGAAAAUUAUGAAAUUUAGAGAGAGUGUGGUAAAAACAAUCAACUUUGUGAAAAAAGUUUAGUUUCUAACAGAAAUGAGAAUGCAUAUUUUUUCACAAAAACAAAUCGGUGCAUAAUAUGGCCCCAACAAAAAAGAAUUUCUUAGUUGAACUGAAGCAGUGGUGCUGAAGGAGGUAGAGUUUCAUGAAAAUAAAAUAUUGUUUAUCUAAGGAUAAGGGAGUCAAAGAGAUUUGUGUUGUUCUAAAAAAAAAUUAAUACUGCUGGUUUAGCAGUGCAGAUUUAUUUUAAACGUGGAACAUUAUUCCUCCCUGUGUUUGUCUUUCUCUAGUCGAAGCUCUUAAUUCUUGUAUUUGUUUAAUAAUAAAUAGUUUCAUACUGCCUUCAA